AUGACGAUGCUGUAUGACGAUGUGUUACAGAUAAUAGGCGAAUUUGGAUUGUACCAGAAAAAGAUUUUUGCCAUAUUAUGUUACGAACCUUUUACCUCGGGACUGUUGCUGUUAAUUUCUACUUUUACUCUUAGUACCCCUGAUCACAGAUGUGCAAUACCAGGUUUAGAAAACGACACCUUUCAUCCACAGGGUGAUCACCAUAGAGAUCUCAUCAACCAAUCAAUUCCUCACAAUUCAAAAUGUUUAUUACGUAAUCAAUCUGCAGACGAACUUGGUAAUAUGACGUCAUCGGAAUAUAAGUGUUCUUCGUGGGUUUAUGAUACUUCAACUUUUACAAACUCUCUCGUAACAGAGUUUAACCUGGUUUGUGACGAUGCAUCACUGAAGAGUACGACUGUUAUGACAUUGUUUCUAGGGUUGAUGAUUGGAUAUGGUAUAGGGAAUAUUGCUGAUUAUGUUGGGCGGAAACCAAUGAUGGUACUAGGCAACUUUUUAGUUUGUAUCUCGUCCUACCUACUGGUAUGGUCACCGACUUACACGUUCGUUUCGGUUGUGAGAUUUUUCCUUGGAUUUGGUGUGGCUCUUCAGACUCUACCUAUUUAUAAUAUUGGACUAGAAAUAGUGGGACCUUCAAAACGAAUUUAUACGGGAAUUUUAUCUAACUUUACCUGGUUACUGGGAAUGUUUGUAAUAUCGUUGCUUGGUUACCUGAUUCGAACAUGGAGAUAUCUACAUCUAGGUGCCGCCAUCUUCAUGACGGUUUUGUUAACCUUCGUCUGUUUAAUACCAGAGAGUCCUCGGUGGUUGUUAACCAGAGGCAAAACGGACAGAGCCAAACUCAUCAUAGAAAAAAUGGCCGCUAGUAAUAAGGUGAAGCUCCUUGAUGAUAUUGUAGAUGUCACUACUGUACCACCAGACACUGUUACUAAAAUUAGAUUCUGGAAGAUGUUUACCUCCCCUGUUUUACUCGCCAGGACGCUUGUGAUGUACUUUACUUGGUUUACGGUUAGUCUAAUUUAUUAUGGUAUUAUGUUAAACCUAGACACAUUGGUAGGAAAUGUCUAUCUAAACCUAUUUUUAACGGGAAUAUUUGAAGGACUCAGCUAUCUACUGGUGUUAUUUAUAGGAGACAAGGUGGGACGGAGAAUUCUCGCCUUCGGAUCCCUGUUUACCAGUGGUUUAUGUCUAACGUCUGUUAUUUUUAUACUCAUGUAUGCAUCCUCAGAUCAACAAUGGUUGAUGACACUAUUCACCAUGGUCGGAUUGUUUGGGACAAAUGUUGCCUUCAGUCUGUGGUGGUUAUGGACAGGUGAAUUUUUCCCCACAGAACUCCGUAAUUUUGGUGUCGGCACGAGUUCUUGUAUAGGUAGAACAGCUGCUGUUAUAGCCCCGUAUUUUGGAUUAAUAAGUCAAGGUAUAGCUGGAAAUUUCAAAGAAGCAGCACCAUUUAUCAUUUAUUCAGCAUUUUCAUUCACUUCUCUUAUUUUAACCUUCCUGUUUCUACCGGAAACAACAAAUGUUCGACUUCCGGAUACGAUUUACGACUGUAAAAAAUUAGGAAAAAAAAAACAAGUAUAUGAACUUAAGAUGAAUCCACCACCGUCUGGCUGUAUAUAG